AUGAAAGCGGUAUCAGUGCUUAUCUCAUGUGUGUUGGCUCUUGCCCAGUUGACAGACGGUGCCUUUGUUCCUCCAACUUUGGCACCUAAGACAACCGCCACCAUUUCACAGGCACAUCAGGUUGCGCCUACAGGUUUACACAAAAGAGAAGCAGAACCUAGAAAAGUGGUCAUCAACAAACAGAUCUUAAAGGAUGAAGAAGCAGCCAAGAAAUCCGAAGAGCCACCAAAACCGUGGAUUAGAACCAUCUAUGACGACGUUGUUGAAGUUGUUACUCCAUAUGUUAUUGGUGGUGUCACAUUUGCAGCUCCACAACCUCAGACGACCAAUGGGUUGGAGCCAUGGAUCUCGAUCAAUAAGGAAGGAUUGCCUAAAACAAUUACACCUAAGCUCAAGAAUGGUAUUAUCGCCAAUGGUUAUCCCGACGUCAAAACAUAUUAUCAAACAGCAACUACCGUUGUCCACCACCAAAAAGACUUGAAGGCACACAAUCUGGGAGAUGAUGAAACAGUUGAGGAAGUCAUAAUGAUAGAGGAAGAUGACACGUAUGUCAAAUUGAGUCCCUUGCAAAGGUGUACGCCCGAUUACUAUUACAAAAAAGGUGUUGCAAAUGUUGAGAGCUCUGAACCUUUCUGUGCACCGGAAGAGCGCCGGAAAUUCAGAGUUGGUCUGACCUAUUUCAUCACUUGGUACACCAGGUUCUUUGAGAACACAAAUAAAGUCAGGUUCCACUAUGCAUAUGUUAAUGAGAAAUCACACGAAAAAGGUUUCGAUAAGAGAGACUUUUUGGACGCUGCCCUAAAAGACAUGGACACUGAGAUCGAAAGAGUUGCAGGGGAAGUUGCUACAGGUGGUGCUGUUCAUGGCGCUUUCUAUUCAUCGGAUUGGAUUGAUAACACUAAUGGCUGGUAUUCAUUCGAAGUCAAACCAGAGUGGCUACAAGAAAAGUUUUAUAAGAAGGUUGCAAUUGCAAUCCAACCAGAUAGUAUUCCUGACGAUGAGUUUUCCAUUUUGGAUGCUCCACAUAUCUUUGCUACGUUCCAAUAUAAGGAAAGUAUAGGUAAGAACACCAAGGAGAUGCGUGCCUUACAAGAUAAAGUUGGUACUAAUGACGAUGUCUAUUACGUGAUAGCAGCGAUGCCAACUGUUGUUUUAAUUUCAGUUAUUGGUAUGUAUGGGUUCCUAUACUUGACACGUAAGCAUAGAGAUUUAUCUGGAGUGAGGAAACCAAAAAGAAGUAGAUUUGGUAACCAGGGUAAGUACAAUAUUCCACUUGCAAUGACAGAUUUACACAAACCUGACAAACAAUCUUGA